AUGUCGCUGUUACGUUUUGCUAUACUUUGCAUAAUUUUCGUUUCCCUCUUUGGUGUGCAUGAAUGCUUCCGUGGAGAAAAGAUAAAUGUACCCGCUCAUCCAUGUUACCAUACUUUAUGUGGAAGCAUGAUACGCAACUGUUAUUGCUGCCUUGGAAAAAAGUUUGAUUACUGCUCCCCAAACCAACAAAACUGUUUGUUUAGAUGCGAGGAGGUUAACCGGAUUCCAGAUUUCCCGAAGACAAACGGAGUAAGCAAAGGAUUAGGGCCCCCAAUCUAUUUAUUUUUCUUAGGACAAUUUAUUUAUUUUGUUUUAGGUUUAUAGUUUAUUUACGGGUGUUUAAUUAUAAA